AUGACCAAGACAAAACGGGCCGUCGCAACUCCCAUUGAACAGCCAUUUCACAAGCACUUCGUAGCCAUCUACGGCGAAGAGCGAUGGUGGAAAGCACUAUAUCCUGCUCUAGCCGAGUCUACAAGGUAUGCUGCUGUAGUGAACCGCUACGCGACAACUAGUGAUACCUGGAAAGCGACUCAUGGCCCGCCUCUCCCUCCUAAUACUGAAGGCGACGAUAGCGGAGCGUUGAAGAAUAAUACAGCGUUUCAUGCAAUGACAUUCCCCAGCCUAUCUGAUGCAGCAGAUCCUGAGCAUUAUCUGCAGUGCUUCACAAGGCCGUUAGCACCAAGCGGUCUCUCCAACGAAGCUACCGUGUCCGUAUCGACAUCGACCGACUUUCCACAACCAACUGUGGUCUCUUCUCUGAAUGGACGUCUAAUUUCCCAUUGGAACCUCGACGGUGCAUCCGCACUCGUCGCCCAUCUGCUCGACGUGAGAUCUGGCGACAGCGUACUCGAUCUCUGUGCAGCACCAGGAGGCAAAUCCAUCACCUUGGCUCAAAACAUCUGGCCUUCCCUGCACAUCGACACCUCAAUCACAUCAGCCGCAAGACCUGGAAGACUAGUCUCCAACGAAGUGGACGGUAGACGACAUAAGCGCCUCGCUGAGAAUCUGAAAGCCUACCUCCCAGCCGAUCUGCUCAAAACAGGCAGAAUCACAACCACGAGCAUCGACGCAACACAAUCGGGUCCUGCUCUCAACGCACUGAUGUCUGGCGGCGACUUCGAUAAAGUCCUGGUCGACGCACCUUGCUCAUCGGAACGACAUAUCAUUCAUACCAGCGCCAAAACAGCUUCUGGUAAGAUGGCUUCAGAAAUGUCGAGUUGGCGAACCGGAACUUCCAAGCGUUUGGCUACGACACAAGCCGAUCUGCUCAUGACUGCGCUCAGAGCUGUGAAGGUUGGAGGGCAGGUGAUGUAUGCUACUUGCUCUCUCGAGCCGAUGGAGAAUGAUAGUGUGGUUGAGAAGAUGCUGCAAUUGGUGGAGAAGGAGGACGUGGGCAGAGCCGACGAAAUAUGGAUGGAUCGUGUUGCCGGAUCGGCCUGGUGGUGGACGAUGGGGUCCGCUGUUCUUCUGUCGGAUGACGAAGUCGCCAAGAACCUGACCAUGGAUCAGGGUGACAUGGAAUAG